GGAAGCCGGGUUUGGCGCUGAGAGCGGCUGGCGGAGCUGCAGCCAAGCGCCCUUUAAGCCGAGAGAAAAGAUUUCUCGGUUUUUAAGCUGAGGAGGAAGGCUGUGCGACAGCCAGGACGGGGGCUAGGCUCCAGCAUAGGUGAUGAUUAGAGAGGCUAGGCUCUGUCUUCCCCCUUCCGAGGCUGACAGAGCUGGCAGAAGCCCAGGCUCUGAUCUUAAAACGCUCAAAGGUCCCCUUGUGGGGGUCCUUCCUCCUGCCUUCAAGUCCAGGAGAUGCCUGUGGGCUUGGGGCACCACGGGUACCGAAGGCGCCUUCUGCAUCCCGCUGUAUGUGCCCUAUGUACUGACCGGCCGCUGGACCUUUGGCCGAGGUCUCUGCAAGCUGUGGCUGGUGGUGGACUACCUGCUGUGUGCCUCCUCCGUGUUCAACAUCGUGCUGAUAAGCUACGACCGCUUCCUGUCCGUCACUAGAGCGGUCUCAUACCGGGCCCAGCAGGGGGACACGCGGCGGGCGGUGCGCAAGAUGGCGCUGGUGUGGGUGCUGGCCUUCCUGCUGUAUGGACCAGCCAUCCUGAGCUGGGAGUACGUGUCUGGUGGCAGCUCCAUCCCUGAGGGCCACUGCUAUGCUGAGUUCUUCUACAACUGGUAUUUCCUUAUCACGGCCUCCACGCUUGAGUUCUUCACGCCUUUCCUUAGCGUCACCUUCUUCAACCUCAGCAUCUACCUGAACAUCCAGAGGCGCACCCGCCUCCGGCUAGAUGGGGCCCGUGAGGGUGGCCCUGACCCUCCUCCAGAGGCCCAGCCCUCGCCACCCCCUGCACCGCCCAGCUGCUGGGGCUGCUGGCCAAAGGGGCAAGGGGAGGCCAUGCCUCUGCACAGGUAUGGGCUGGGUGAGGCAGGCCCUGGUGCUGAGGCUGGGGAGGCGGCCCUGGGGGGCGGCAGCGGCGGAGGAGCUGCAGCCUCACCCACCUCCAGCUCUGGCAGCUCCUCGAGGGGUACCGAGAGGCCCCGUUCACUCAAAAGAGGUUCCAAGCCAUCGGCAUCCUCGGCAUCCCUAGAGAAGCGCAUGAAGAUGGUAUCCCAGAGCAUCACCCAGCGCUUCCGGUUGUCACGGGACAAGAAGGUGGCCAAGUCCUUGGCCAUCAUCGUGAGCAUCUUUGGGCUCUGUUGGGCCCCAUACACACUCCUGAUGAUCAUCCGAGCUGCUUGCCAUGGCCACUGCGUCCCCGACUACUGGUACGAGACGUCCUUCUGGCUUCUGUGGGCCAACUCGGCUGUCAACCCUGUCCUCUACCCGCUGUGCCACUACAGCUUCCGCCGAGCCUUCACCAAACUGCUCUGUCCCCAGAAGCUCAAGGUCCAGCCCCACGGCUCCCUGGAGCAGUGCUGGAAGUGAGCCACUGCUCUGCCCUCCGGCCGCCACGCCCUGCGUUCUCUUUCCUGGGCAGCCCCCAGGUGCGGGCCUUGCCUUGUCCACGGCACACUCUAAACGUCACAGCAGCCCCUUAGGUCAUCUGCCCUGCAGUAGGGCAGCCUGGUGGGCUGGCUGGGGAGCCCUCGAUGGUGGAACUGGAACAUGCUGUCUGGUCCCUCCACCGCAUCCCACUUCAGCUCAGAAGGGACAGUCCAGGGGUCCCAGGCAUGUUGUCUACCCCACAGACAGUGCAGUGGCCCGUGAUGUCCCCCUUUUGCACACUUAGUGGUUGGUGUACUCCCAAAUGCAGAAUUGUGUGUGUGUGUGCCCCAGGCUCCUGCCCCAGCAGUGUGCCCUGCAUGUGCACACACUCCCCACACACCCACCAUACAGCGCAUACCUUCCCUGUUCCCAGCCAGCAGGGAAUGCUGCCCUUUUUGCCUCUAUUCUUGCUUAAGCCCAGGGCCUGGCUCCUUCAUUCUUCUCCUUCCCAACUCUCUACCCAGUCAAGUGUCAAGUGCCCCAGGAACCUAGAAGCCGUUCUCUGCUCUUCCAUUCUGGGUAUUUUCAGGAAGACGAAGAAGAAGAAAACACGUCUGUGAACUUGAUGUUCCUUGGAUGUUUAAUCAAGAGAGACAAAAUUGCCAAGGAACUCAGGGCUGGAUUGGCAGGUGUGG